AUGUGGUGGAAGAAGGCAGCGCGCAGCGACGACGCGCCGGCCGCAAGCGUCGAGGACGAGCUCAAGAGCUCCAUGGAGGUCUUCUGGCAGCCGCUUGUGGCGGCGCUUGCGACGGGCGAGCUUCAGGCCCAGGCGCCGGUCCAAGCCUUCCUGCAGCGAUGCGACGCCAUGGCCGCCGGUCGCCAUGAAUUCAAGAAGGAGUACCUCGAGAUCCGAGCAAGCGUCGAUGGCAGCGAAUGGUACGAAGCGGCCUUGACCGUGCAAACGCCUGCGACGUGGAAGAAGAACCGGUACACGGACGUGCUGCCGUUCGAGAAGACGCGCGUGAGGCUGCAGGGUCCGCCCUCGGACGACGCGGGCGACUACAUCAACGCCAACUUCAUCGACGAAAAGGCGUACAUUGCCUGCUGCGCGCCGCCGCCGUCGGCGAUCGCCGACUUUUGGUCGAUGAUCUGGCACGAAAACGUCCGCGUGAUCUUGAUGCUGACCAACUUUGUCGAGCGGCAAAUGCUCAAGGCCGACUGGUACUGGGAUCCGCGCGGAUCGGUCGUGCGGAUUGGCGACUUCACCGUGCACCUCGCCAAUGAGGCACCCUCGACGCUCGGCUACACGACGCGGUCUCUCGAACUCACGCACGUGCCAAGCAACGCGUCGCGGGUGUUGCACCACGUACAGCUCACGACGUGGCCAGACCACGGCGUGCUCACAGACUUCGGCGUCAUUGAGCCCAUGCUGCACCUCGUGAAUGCGCUCAACGACGCAGAAGCCCCCGGCCCGAUCGUCGUGCACUGCAGCGCCGGCAUUGGCCGGUCCGGCACGUUUAUCGCCAUCGAUAUGAUGCUCAAGCAGCUGCGUGCCGCCGUCGUACACGGUACCGACGUCACGCCCGCGCUCGAUGUGCGCGCCGUCGUCCAGCAGCUCCGGACCGACCGCCCCGGCAUGGUGCAGACCGCGGAGCAAUACGAAAUGAUAUACCAGUACUUGCGGCACGUGCUGCGCCGCGCGUAG